AUGAAAGACACUCUGCGCAAGAAGCCCACCAAGACUAGCUCAGGCGGCGAGUUCGACGUGGCUUCGCAGCUUGAUGUCACCUCCCAGUCGAGUGAAUCCGUUUCGCCAAAUCCAUGGGCCAGCGAGGCUUCUUCCACCCUGACUGGUGAAGGCAUUUCUCGCCAGAUCUCCAAGCCUUCCAGAACCCCCGACACCACGUCGCCCAUACGAAGCAUCAUGUCUACUGCCACCAAGGAAGAAGAAUCCGGGUCGCCUUCCCCUUCGAUCCAGCGAUUGGAGGUUCCUGGCGCUGGCGACAACGCUGCCCCUGACGACUCAAGCAAACCCACUCGCCGAAGAAAGACCGUCACCAAAACUCCUCACACUUUCGAGCUCGAGGCUGAUCUGACUCCAGUCAAGCAAAAAGAACAGCAACCUCCCUCUGCACCAGAAGAACCGCCCAAGCAAGACGUCCUAACCCCGGCCCCCAAAAAGAAGAAACGCGUUUCUCAAGUUGCCCCUUCGGACGCCGCAACCACUCCCACCGUCAUGGUCAAUUCAGUGCCAUCAACUGAACAAGCAGCAUCUCCAUUAUCAUCCCCCAAAACACCUUCCUCUAGUGCACCAUCAUCCGCCUCGAAUCAAACUCAAACCUCCGCUCCCUCAGCGACGACUUCGCCAGCCUCCCUCAAACCAUCCGUCUCAUCGACUGUCACUCCGGUAAAUCCAUUCACGUCACAACGACCCAAGAAAUCUCAGUCUAUGUCUUCGGUCCCUCAAGUUUUUAGUUCCAAUCCGUGCCGUUUUACACCACCGCCGCUUCCGAAGGAAUCAUUCCACGGCAAAGUCAUCGUUCUCACUAACGGUGCCAGUCAGACAGGCCAGUCGUUAAUACGCCAUUUCCACGCGGCUGGGUGUCGGGUGAUUUUUGGCGACACGAAUAGCGACCAGGCUCGCAAAUUCAUCUCCUCUCUAGGCCCACCACACGUAGUCCACUUUAACAAAUGCGACAUGACCAAGUACUCUGACAUGCUGGAGCUCUUCAAGCUGGCCAUCACCAUGUACGGUCGCGUGGACCAUGCCAUCUUCGGCGUGGGCGACGAUGGCGGUCAAGCAUGCACGGUGGGCGCAGGUGAAAAGGGCUGGUUUGAAGACCGCCCCGGCAUAAACAAGACGGCCAAGAUGGCUUACGACGAAGUGGCCACCGAACCCGCGGGUUUAGCAAACAUCGUCACUGCGAGCAUCCGGUUUGCGCGGAUUGCAUUGGCCUAUCUGAAAUAUUCGCCCAAGUCCAAGAGCAGCAGCAGCAAGAAGGCAUUUGUAAAUCCUUAUUCGAGACCCCAGCCCGAACCUCCUGCCUCGCCAGGCUUGAACGACCGCAGUUUGACCUUCCUUACUUCUGUGGCAGCUUUCAAGGAAACCCCGCAGCUGCCCAUCUACCAAGUGACACAGCACUCGAUUCUCGGGCUGGUGCGAAGUCUCUGGACUAACAUUGACCCGGAUCCUGAGCGCGACGGCGUCCGCAUCAACGCCGUUGUCACGAACGUCAUGGUCCCGCGUGCCGUCGCGCAAUCCGGAGGCCGCAGCAUGUCCGUGCAGCUCCCGCCGGACAGGCCCGAAGACAUCGCGAGGGUCGUGGUGGGCGUGGUCGCGACUAACGCAUCGACACCGGACAUCAACGGCGCCACAAGGGAGACCUCAAGCGGCACUGCCGACGGCGGAGGCGGAGGAACAGGGGGUAUAUGGUACGAGAAGGGCCACGAGAGGGGCAUGCGCGAGAAGCACCUCCACGGCCGGGUCAUCUACGCGGUGGGCACCGAGGGCUGGGACGUGCAGGAGGGCAUGGACCGGAGCGAGGCUGUCUGGCUGGGACAGAAGCCCGCCGAGGCCCUGAAUCGCGGAAUGGCCGGCCUCCGCCUCGGCGGCCAGAGUACCUGGAUCUUGGAUCUGGUCUGA